CCUUAGUCUAACUCAGUUCUUUGGCUUUGACGGAGACAUUUUCUCUAGCUGUGAAUUUACUGGACAGAUUCCUGUCCAAAAUGAAGGUACAGCCCAAGCACCUUGGGUGUGUUGGACUGAGCUGCUUCUGUAUGGCUGUAAAAUCAAUAGAAGAGGAAAGGAAUGUCCCAUUGGCGACUGACUUGAUCCGAAUAAGCCAGUAUAGGUUCACGGUUUCAGACUUGAUGAGAAUGGAAAAGAUUGUGUUGGAGAAGGUGUGUUGGAAAGUCAAAGCUACUACUGCCUUUCAGUUUCUACAACUCUAUUAUUCACUCCUUCAAGAGAACUUGCCAUAUGAAAGGAGGAAUAGCCUUAAUUUUGAAAGACUAGAAGCUCAACUUAAGGCAUGCUACUGCAGGAUCAUAUUUUCUAAAGCAAAGCCACCUGUGUUGGCAUUGUCUAUUAUUGCCUUGGAGAUCCAGGCACAGAGGUGUGUAGAGUUAACAGAAGGAGUAGAAUGUCUUCAGAAACAUUCCAAGAUCAAUGGCAGAGAUUUGACUUUCCGGCAAGAGCUCGUAUCCAAGCGUUUAACUGAAUAUUCAUCAAACAAGUGUUCCACACCAAAUGUUCAGAAGUUGAAAUGGAUUGUUUCUGGGCCUACUGCACGGCAACUGAAGCAUAGUUACUACAGAGUAACCCACCUUCCAACAAUUCCUGAAAUGGUCCCUUAAUUGGAUUCUUACAGCAACAAAAAACUCUUCUGAAGCCUUUCUCCACAAUCCUGCGCUGUGGAUUCCAUAAUGUUAUAAUGGAUUUAAGCUGUGAAGCCUCAGAACAUCACAAGCAGAUUAACAUUGGUGUUCUCCGAUUUGGGAAAACUGCCUAAUUAACAUUACCCUAUAGUGGAAUUACUCACGUUUGAAUUCACCUGUGAAGCAUACAAAUCAAAGCUAACAGCAUAAAUGUGAAAUGCUAAUGACAAGCCUGGGAAGGUAAGCUGUGAAUCUUCAUCUCUAACAUUGAUCCAACUUUCUGUAUUGGGUCAAUAUAUUGUAUUUAGGUGGUGUAAAAACAGUAACCUACUUAAUUUAAAUUUAAACUUUAAAUUUAAAUAUGAGGUUUACAUCAAAACCACCGCUUCACAAACGCACUUUUAAGGCAUCAUAAGGGUCAGUAUUCUAGGC